GUAAGGUGUACCAUCUACCUACUGUACUGUACGUAGUACGUAGUACCUAAACUACCUUACCUACCAACCAACCAACCACCGCAGCAGCGCCCCCGAGACGCGUCGAGCAUGCAUGCAUACUUCUGCUUGCUUGCCUUGCUUGCUUUCUCCUUUUUUUUUUGUAUAUCUUGUUUUUAGGUUGUGUGUGUGUGCGGGUGCAGGUGUGGUUUGGACGCGCACCGCGUGUAUACCAAAAAAAAAAAAAAAAAAAAGGAAAAAAGAAAAAACCACACUGAGUGAGCUGAGCCCUUCCAGACGUCCGCAUCGGCAGUCUUUGUUUAGAAAAAUCAACACCCAGGCUCGCUUGAUCGUUCCCCCUCACUCCCUGAGAUCAAUCAUCAUCCUUCGUCCCACCACACCCCCACUACCAUCGCGAAUCUUCCUUCAACCACCCCCCGGAAAGAAAGCCCUCCACCCACACCGGGCUUUGUCCACUGCUCGUUUGCCCGAUAUUCCCUUUCAUCACAAUUUCUCGUUCAAAAAGUAAGAGAGAAUUAGGGUGGCAGACCAUCUCGACUUGCAAAAAAAGAAAAAGCAAAAAGUCAUCGCUCCCCAGAGAGGCUGCACUCUUCUAGAAGUUUGUGAGAGUAAAAAAAGUGAUGGAGAAAGUUUUAGAAAACCCCGAAAGCCCCCAGGCACAGGGCUACCAGAAAAAAAGAACCCGCCGGAAACACCAUGCAAUGCCGCAAAAAAGCAGGGGACUCGCAAGUCGGGAAGCAAGAGAUGAGCCGUAGCCGCGAGUCUUGAAAUCGGAUCAGGCAUGAAAACCAUUCUUGUCGAU